UUGUAGUGACAGAGUGCAGCUCUCCCAGCAGGGGGCGCUGUGCUAUGGAUCAGUGUGAGGACACAGAGGAUGGAGUCCCUCCCUCUAAAACCUCUCUGUGUGAGGAACAUGAAGGUCUGAGGAUGCAGGAACAGAGACCAGACUCUCCUGGACCCAGCUGUGUGUCCAUGAAGAGUGACCGGUCUAAGGGUUGCCUUAUUGAGUUUAAAGAUGGACGUCCUGCUGAUGGAAGGAUGCAGGAACAGAGACCAGACUCUCCUGGACCCAGCUGUGUGUCCAUGAAGAGUGACUGGUCUAUGGGUUGCCUUAUUGACCUUAAAGAUGGACAUCCUGCUGAUGGAAGGAUGCAGGAACAGAGACCAGACUCUCCUGGACCCAGCUGUGUGUCCAUGAAGAGUGACCGGUCUAUAGGUCACCUUCUUGACUUUAAAGAUGGACGUCCUGCUGAUGGAAGAGUUCAACAGGAGAGCUCCAACGUUCACAGAGAUCAAUCAGACCAGCAGAAUCCAACAGACCUGGACUCCAUCUUUAUGCUGCUGGAGGAGAACAUCAUCACCUUUGUGAAGAACAAGCUGAAGAGAGUCCAGAGGGUUCUGAGUCCAGAUUACCCAGAAUGCUUAGAGAGUCAGAGUGAGGAUGAAGAGCAGGGGAGAAACUGUAUAGAGGCAUUUUUGAAGAUCACUCUUCACUUCCUGAGGAGAAUGAAGCAGGAGGAGCUGGCUGACUGUCUGCAGAGCAGAACAGUCGCUGCAGAGUGCCGGCGUAAACUCAAAUCUAACCUGAAGGAGAAGUUCCAGUGUGUGUUUGAGGGGAUUGCUAAAGCAGGAAACCCAACCCUUCUGAACCAGAUCUACACAGAGCUCUACAUCACAGAGGGAGGGACUGGAGAGGUCAAUGAUGAACAUGAGGUCAGACAGAUUGAAACAGCAUCCAGGAAACCACACAGACCAGAAACAACCAUCAGACAAGAAGACAUCUUUAAAGUCUCACCUGGAAGAGAUGAACCAAUCAGAAGAGUGAUGACAAAGGGAGUGGCUGGCAUCGGGAAAACAGUCUUAACACAGAAGUUCACUCUGGACUGGGCUGAAGACAAAGACAACCAGGACAUACACUUCACAUUUCCAUUCACUUUCAGAGAGCUGAAUGUGCUGAAGAAGAAAAAGUUCAGCCUGUUGGAACUUGUUCAUCACUUCUUUCCUGAAACCAAAGAAGCAGGAAUCUGCAGGUUUGAAGAGUUCCAGGUUGUGUUCAUCUUUGACGGUCUGGAUGAGUGUCGACUUCCUCUAGACUUUAAAAUCACCGAGACCCUGACUAAUGUCACAGAGUCCACCUCAGUGGAUGUGCUGCUGACAAACCUCAUCAGGGGGAAACUGCUUCCCUCUGCUCACCUCUGGAUAACUACACGACCUGCAGCAGCCAAUCAGAUCCCUCCUGAGUGUGUUGACAUAGUGACAGAGGUCAGAGGGUUCACUGACCCACAGAAGGAGGAGUACUUCAGGAAGAGGUUCAGAGAUGAGGAGCAGGCCAGCAGAAUCAUCUCCCACAUCAAGACAUCCAGAAGCCUCCACAUCAUGUGCCACAUCCCAGUCUUCUGCUGGAUCACUGCUACAGUUCUGGAUGAUGUGCUGAAGACCAGAGAGGGAGGAGAGCUGCCCAAGACCCUGACUGAGAUGUACAUCCACUUCCUGGUGGUUCAUUCCAAACUGAAGAACAUCAAGUAUGAUGGAGGAGCUGAGACAGAUCCACACUGGAGUCCAGAGAGCAGGAAGAUGAUUGAGUCUCUGGGAAAACUGGCUUUUGAGCAGCUGCAGAAAGGAAACCUGAUCUUCUAUGACUCAGACCUGACAGAGUGUGACAUUGAUAUCAGAGCAGCCUCAGUGUACUCAGGAGUGUUCACACAGAUCUUUAAAGAGGAGAGAGGACUGUACCAGGACAAGGUGUUCUGCUUCAUCCAUCUGAGUGUUCAGGAGUUUCUGGCUGCUCUUCAUGUCCAUCUGACCUUCAUCAACUCUGGAGUCAAUCUGAUGUCAGAAGAACAAACAACAUCCUGGUGGUCUAAAGUAUUCAGAGAAAAACCUGACCCAACACCUUUAUAUCAGAGUGCUGUGGACCAGGCCUUACAGAGUCCUAAUGGACACCUGGACUUGUUCCUCCGCUUCCUCCUCGGUCUUUCUCUAGAGACCAAUCAGAAUCUCAUACGAGGUCUGCUGACACACACAGGAAGUGGCUCAAAGACCAAUCAGGAAACAGUCAAGUACAUCAAGGAGAAGAUCAGUGAGGAUCUGUCUGCAGAGAAAAGCAUCAAUCUGUUCCACUGUCUGAAUGAACUGAAUAAUCGUUCUCUAGUGGAGGAGAUCCAACAGUCCCUGAGAUCAGGACGUCUCUCCACAGAUAAACUGUCUCCUGCUCAGUGGUCAGCUCUGGUCUUCAUCUUACUGUCAUCAGAAAAAGAUCUGGACGUGUUUGACCUGAAGAAAUACUCUGCUUCAGAGGGGGCUCUUCUGAGGCUGCUGCCUGUGAUCAAAGCUUCAAACAAAGCUCUGCUGAGUGGCUGUAACCUCUCAGAGAGAAGCUGUGAAGCGCUGUCCUCAGUCCUCAGCUCCCAGUCCUCUAGUCUGAGAGAGCUGGACCUGAGCAACAACAACCUCCAUGAUUCAGGAGUGAAGCUGCUGUGUAGUGGACUAAAGAGUCCUCUCUGUAGACUGGACACUCUCAGUCUGUCAAACUGUCUGAUCAUAGGAGAAGGUUGUACGUCUCUGGUCUCAGCUCUAAGCUCCUCCCCCCUGCGAGAUCUAGACCUGAGCUACAAUCAUCCAGGAGAACGAGGAGAGAAGCUGCUGUCUGCUCGACUGGAGGAUCCACACUGCAGACUGGAGACACUGAGGUUGGACCAUAGUGGACUGCACAGACUGAAGCCUGGUCUGAGGAAGUACGCCUGUGAGCUGGAACUGGACACAAACACAGUGAACAGAUACCUGAAACUGUCUGAUAACAACAGGAAGGUGACACGUGUGGAGGAGCAUCAGUCAUAUCCUGAUCAUCCAGACAGAUUUAAACACUGGUGUCCUCAGCUGCUGUGUAGGACUGGUCUGACUGGUCGCUGUUACUGGGAGGUCGAGUGGAGAGGAAAGGUUUAUGUAUCAGUGAGUUACAGAGGAAUCAGAAGGAGAGGAGGCAGUAAUGUAUGUUUGUUUGGAUUAAGUGAUCAGUCCUGGAGUCUGAUCUGCUCUGAUGAAGGUUACUCUGUCUGUCACAAUAACAGAAGAACACAGAUCUCCUCCUCCUCCUCCUCCUCUGUCUCUAACAGAGUAGCAGUGUAUGUGGACUGUCCUGCUGGCUCUCUGUCCUUCUACAGAGUCUCCUCUGACACACUGAUCCACCUCCACACCUUCAACACCACAUUCACUGAACCUCUCUAUCCUGGGUUUGGGUUCUGGUCUCUUGAUACUUCAGUGUCUCUGUGUCGUCUGUCGGUCUGAGAAACACUGCUGACUGAAGAUCAGCUGACUCUGUUCACUCUGUCCAGCUGGUCUGUUUCAUGAUUGGGGGGCGUGAUAAUGGGGGGUGGGGGUGGUAAUGGGGGUUAAAUGUUCUACAUUACAGAAAAACAAUGGACCCCCUUCUUUAAUGUCUGUAUUGUUCUGAUCUCACCAAUAAAAAACAAGUGACAAUUAAACAAUUAAAUUCCUCCUCCUGCUGUCUUGAUAUUGGCAGCAGGAGGAGGAGUCAUGGCUCCAGAUCUGUUACAAAGUGUAAACUUGUCUCUCAGGUGUCUUCCCACAGGCCCUGAAAACAGCAGUCAUCAAGCCACUACUAGCAAAGAACAAUCUAGACAAUAAUGAAUAAUUACAGGCCUAUAUCAAAUCUUCCUCUGUUAGGUCAAAUGAUAGACAAAGCUGUGUUUCAGAAGUUAAAUAACUUCUUGAUAUUGAAAGACUGUUUAGAUGUCUUCCAGUCAGGUUUUGGACCAAACCGCAGCACUGAGACAGCUCUGGUUAAAGUGUUUCAUGACAUCCGCUUAAACACAGACAGAAACUCAGUCUAAGUUCUUCUUGGGUAACACUUUAUAUGAAGGUCCUUUAAAUAAACUGUUAUUACCAUCAAAUCUGCUGUAUAAGACACACUUUAAACCCUCAGGCAUCCGUUUAAUUUACUACCCUCUUAAGUCAUUAAGGACAAAAAUGUUCACUUCCAAAAAUCUGCUAUAAAAAUAGUACAGAUUCACUUUUUUUUCUGCUUUUUUGGGUUAAAUCUUUUGAUCAACUUCAGUCCUGAUCAAAACGAUCAAAUAUUGAAUAAUUAUCAGGAUUUAAACCCUUUAAAUAUCAGUUUGAUAACAUGAUGCUAAUAUUUUUAAUGAAAAAACACAAAAAACGAGUUAUUUUCCAUAUAACAAAUGUUUGGUGUCUGGGGGAUUUCUUUUAAUCAUUCUUUGUUUUGUUAAAAUCUAAGGACAAACAGAAAAUUAAAAUAUUAAUAUGCUUUUAUUUACUUUGUGUUUGAAGGUUAAUCAGCUUUAUUAUUACUUAUCAGGUUAUCUCUGUUGUCAGCCCUUAUUUAAAGUUUGUAUUGAACACUGGAGAGCAGCACUGAGCAGGUCAGGAAAUCAGGUAACCUUUGUGAGCCAGGUGUGUAAACCUGCUGAGUGGCUCUAACUGACAGACAGGAGUGUCAGCGGUGUGUGUGAGAGCAGGAGUGAGGUGAGAGGCUGAGACACUUUCAGGCUGAAUUCAAUGAAAGGAAGACAGCAGAGAUACCUUUGGUAAGUGUGCUGUGUUCUUUGGUAAUUAUGUGUUCAGAAUGUUUGAAUGGUGACAUGUAUUUAAUGUAGGCUGUUUAUUUCAUAGUGAUGCACUCUGCAUUCUGGUUUUAUAGUGUUCACAUGAAACAAUUAAAUUAGAAGGGUAAAUAAUAAUUAAUAUUGAACACAUUUAACUGGUUUGUUUAAAUUGUAAACAAAAGAUAAAGAAGUGAAUAGAUACUAAAAUUCAGAUUAAUUUAAUGGUUAUAUUAACUUAAAUUCUGAUUUGUUUUGUUUGAUGUUAAAAUGGGAAAAAGGAAGGUAAGGAUGCUAAAAGAUGCAUGGUUAACAUUGUAUAAGUGGAAAACUGCUUCCCCAGAUUACUUUACAAUUAUAAUAGGAAUGUAUAUGUGAAGAAUUCUGUUCAUAGAUAUUUUCUUUGCUUUUCAGAACCACACACAAUAAACAGUUGUAACCUC